UUCCCCAUUUUCAGUUGAGAGGAGUGUGAAUGGAUGCGGGAGUGGGGUGAUUUCACUCGGCAAGUCUUCGCUCAUCAGUGUGAAUCUAGAAGACAAAAACCUGCGUGGAGAUGUGGGCUCGUGCCCUUGUGUUCGUGCUUCUUGUCUCGUGUUCGUGGUGCCAGGUGGCCGGGCUUCGCUAUCGCAGGGAUGGUAUGGAAACGCCGACGGAGAUCAUCUACGCGAAAGCGGGCGAGAACGUGACGCUGGCGUGCCCCGGCCUCACCCGUCAGAGUCUCAUCCUGGCCCUCGGCUGGAAGUGCCGUGGUUGCUCCACGGAUGUCCACACGCUCCCCUCUCCCUCGAAGGAGGUGAAACUCCUGGAGUUCGAGGGGGACUCCAGCAAGCUGUGGAAGGAGAGCCCCCGGUUGAGCCUCCUCACCUCGGAUGCCCAUAGCCUUCAUAUCGAGAGGGUCAGCCCUGGGGAUUCUGGCGACUAUAAAUGCCUGGUCAACAAUCGACCUCGACCUCAGGCGAUCAUGCGUCUCCUCGUACAAGAUGUGCCAGCACCUCCAGGUCAACCGUUGAUCACGGGCUUCAACUCCAGAGCAGUUGAUCUCUCCUGGGCUCCCCCUGUCUCCUCCCACAACAGCCCCAUCAGAAACUACGUCAUCCAGCGGAGGGUGGGAGAUAUGGGUUCGUGGGAAGAGGAGAGUAAGCUGAAGGUGCCGUCGGAGACGCUGGCCGUGGAGAUCAAGGGCCUGGAUCCAUUCACCGUCUACAGCUUCCGAGUGAUGGCUGUGAAUGCGAUGGGAAUGAGCCCUCCGUCACGCUCUUCCUAUCCCAUCAUCACUCUCCGGGAACGGACCCGGAAAUUCGAGGCUGGGGCUUUUGCCUUCUUGGCCAUCUGCCCCAGAGCUCCGAGCGGGAAGCCGACGAUAACGCUGGCGACGAACGAGAGUUCCACGUCCGUGUUGCUCCGUUGGGUCCCGCCUCCGAGUGCGAGUUUGCACGGGGAAUUCGUCGGCUAUCGAAUUGCCUACCGAAUGAGGGACGAGCCGGAAACGAACACCCGGGAAGUCGAAGUUCUCGAUCGGAGCGUUCGGGAACAUGUCCUGAGUGGUCUGAGACCCUUCACGCAAUACAUGGUGUCCUUGCAAGUGUUCAACCCGGCGGGGAAAGGACCAGCAGCGUCCGUCAUCGUCAUGACCGACGAAGGAGUGCCUGGACCCCCAGUUGACCUGAGCGUGUUGGAGAUCGGCGACACGUGGGUGCGACUUCGGUGGAGUGCACCCGUGACCCCGAAUGGGAUCCUCCACGGUUACCGAGUCUAUUUCAUACACAACAAUUUCACGGACGCCCGAACUCUAAGGCUGGAGGAGUUGAAGGAUCAGCCCAAGUCUAUCGACUACGCCUUGGAAGGACUCAAGCCGUACACGGACUACGAGAUGUGGGUGAAAUCGUUCACGUGGAGACACGAGGGCGAAGCGUCGAAGCCGACGGUGCUUCGGACGGACAUCGGCGCCCCGGGGGAGCCGAGGGUGCUCAACUCCACGUGCAAAGCCCCCAACUCCCUCCUCGUCUACUGGGCCCAGCCGGCCGAGAUCCACGGGGACAUCAAUUUCUACUACGUGACGUAUCUGGGAGAGAGCGAGGCCGAGGACUUCCACUACGAGGAGGAGGUCAUGGUCGCGACUUCCCUGGAGAACAAGGUUCACUCGCUGUUGUUGGGGAAUUUGACUCCCGCGGUGUACCACGUGAGAGUGGCGGGAGCCGCGCGGAGCCUCUUCGACCCGAGCGUCCUCCGAAGGGGUCCCUUCUCCGAGCCGAAAGGGGUGGUGGUGACCCUGGACUGCUCGUACCAGGGGGUGGCCGCGGACUCGAGCCCCUCGUUGCCGCUGUCCUUCCCGUUGAGCCCGACGCUGCUGGCAGGGGCCGUGGCCGGGCUGCUCGCCACGAUCCUCGCCAUCCUUGCCUUCCUCAUAUGGAGGCGGAACCAGAAACCGAGAGCAAGAGGGCAGACGACGGCGAAUGGAGGGCAGCCGUACUCGAAUGGGAAGCCGGGCACGGGGGGAUCGGAGAAAGGGGUCGGGCUCGGGGUCGGAGGUGAAGAUGCGGCGACCGCGUCCAUCCCCGUCGCUUUGUUUCCGGCUCACGUGGCCCAGUUGCAUGCGGACGGUGGGCUCGGAUUCACCAAGGAGUUCCGUGCCCUUCAGGACGCCACCGACGUCCAUCUGACCGCGGACACGGCGGCGCUGUUCGAGAACAAGAGCAAGAACCGUUAUCAGAACGUCCUGCCAUAUGAUCACUCGCUGGUGAAGCUGAAGUCGACGUCGAAGCGAAGCAAGGGGGAGUACAUCAAUGCCAGCUACGUGGACGGUUGGGAUAAGGACAAAGCUUACAUCGCCUCCCAAGGACCUUUGCCAGGGACCUUCGGGGCUUUCUGGCAGAUGGUUUGGGAGCAGAGAACUGCCACGAUCGUCAUGAUCACGAACCUCAUCGAACGAGGACGGCUGCUCGUGCUGGAUAUCAAUUUCCUCUGUGAGGGCUCCCCCGUCCCCUUAAUUGCAUAUUUGAAUCCAAUGUCCUCCAUCAUUCCUCGUCUUCUUUGUCCUCUCCCUUUUCAUUGCUGCACAAAGGAGACGGAAUUGGACGAUGGAAGUAACGAGGAGACUUCCCCGCUUCUUCAGAAGAAGUGCGACCAAUACUGGCCCAGUGAAGGAAGCCAAGUGUACGGUGGGAUCCGAGUGAAGUCGACGAAAGAAGUCGUCCGGGCCUCAUACACCAUCCGCCAUUUCACCAUCUCCAGGGCAACCGGGAAGCUGCGAGGCGGUGGAGGUCGAGAGAGGAGAGUAGAACAAUGGCAUUUCACGGCCUGGCCGGAUCACGGCACUCCAUCCCAUCCUCUCCCCGUCAUUCGAUUCGUCCGCAUGUCCGUGAAGGCCAAUCCUCCUGGUGCCGGGCCCAUACUCGUUCACUGCAGCGCUGGGGUGGGUCGGACGGGGACGUACAUGGUAUUGGAUGCGAUGCUGAAGCAGCUGGAUAGCGAGAACGCUCUCGGCGUCUACGAGUUCCUCCGUCGCAUCAGGACCCAGCGACCGUUCUUGGUGCAGACGGAGGAACAGUACGUGUUCCUCCACGAGGCUCUCCUGGCCGUCGUCCAGUUACGUCCGUGUCCGCUCGACUUCACCUUGCAGGCGCUCAACAAACACGUGCAAACGCUUUCUUCCUCGCCCGAGUCUCAGCUUCUGCAGCAUUUCAAGUUGCUUCAGAGUUUCCGCCCCGUGGAUGCAGAAGCGAGUGCGGCGCUGGCCACGGUGAACGCGGCCAAGAACCGGCACUGGGAGUUCAUCCCCUUGGACGAGAGUCGCGUUCACCUCAGCCCCGACGCCGGGGUCCCCGGCAGCGAUUUCAUCAACGCCAGCUGGCUGACAGGUUUCACAUCGAGUCGUGAGAUGAUCAUCACGCAACAUCCGCUGAUCGAGACCCUGAGUACGUUCUGGCAGUUGGUCUGGGAACACGACGUCUCGACCAUAGUCGUCCUGGAGACACCCACACAGGGUUUCCCAGCAAUCUGCCCCGAGCAGGAGAGCGAGCCGAUGGAUAUGGGUCGCGUGGAAGUGAGGCUUCAGUGCCCGGCUUCCGUGGAGGAAGGGACUGGGGUGACGAGUCGCCGCCUGGUCAUCGGGCCGCCUCCCCCGGGGGACACGGAAGGCUCUCACCAGGUCACUCUCCUGGAAUUUCCGUACCUGGAGACGAGGGAUCCGACGCCGCUGCUGCAGAGGAUCUCGGAUGCUCCGCUGCCGAUUCUCAUCGUCGAUCGAUACGGUGGGCGAGAAGGCUGUCUCUUGGCCUGCCUCCACGCCCUCAGACAGGAAUACUUGUCCGAGAAUUCGGUUGAUGUGUUCCUUCAGGCCACUCUGUGUCAGCAGGCUCGACCGAACGCUUGGAAGAGACCGGAGGAUUAUCUGGUCCUGUGCAAAUGCCUGGCAGCCGUCCUCAGCGGAGACACGAAAUCCUGGGCCGAGAACUUGAAGAGCCGACCGAUUUCCUCCUACUCGGAACCGGGGUUCUCGGCCACGGAGUCUCCUUGGUCGUGGGAUCAACAGUGCGUGUCGUACAGCACGGUGAGGACGCUGGAUCGAGGUGGACCGAAGGGCCUCGGCAGGGAAUCGGGUCAACUGGGCCAUCACCCGGCCGUCCUCUACGCCACCUUCAAUCGUCACGGGCCACCGUCCUACUACGAGACCCAGUUGGCGCGGAGUUACGCGGCCGUCGUCUCCGAGGUCCAGUAUCGGAAACGGUCGAGUGAGAUCCGGGACCGGGACGUGUCGCCGUCGCAGAGCGACUGCAGUGUGGUCACCGUGUUGAACGCCACCGCGACGACGGGGGGGACGGCGACGACGACGGGUAGCCUGACGACGGCGACGGGUGGCCUCCUGCGCACUCCGCCCGAGGGCAUGGAGGCCGCCUCCAUUCCCUUCUUCGAUGUCAAUUCGCUUCCCGAAGAAAUGGUGUGAUAAUAAUAAUUAUUAUUCUCUUUGUUUCCACCCCAUCAUACGCUUGCAUUCACGACGAUGAAGAAGAGAGAAAAAAAAAGACAAAGGAGGAAAGGCUCGACUGUGAUGUUUUCCAAACUAGCCCGUAGCAUUUGCAUUCUCUGGCCGUAUUUAUUUCUUCGUGAUUCAUGGCCGUGUACGUGUAAAUGAGAACGGUGUGCGUCUGGGAUCAAGUCGCUGGGAACAAUGUUAUUAUAAUUUUUUUUUUACCCGAAUACCCCCAUGUUUCACGAGUACAACGCUUGUCCAACGCCGAAGACAGAAGAAAAAAAUUCGGUUCUAGUCAAGCCUGGAUUUGCUCAAAGAGAAGACCACCGGAUUUCCGGCUUUGUUUUUCUGUCAUUGGCCUUUCUCCGUAUCACUGUCAUUGUGGCUGCGUGUAUAUGUGUGACAAUGAUGUGCUGCCCCCCCCCCCCCCCCCCCCCCUCUUUCUCUCAUUUCGCCCCUUUCCAUCCAGAAUGACAUCUAAUUUAUCUGGCUGCACAUUUAUACGUCCUUGUGAUUUAUACCAAAGACUUGGCAUUUAAUCCCUUGA